GACCCGGAAGAGGCAGUCUUCAGGUCCCACGUGUUCCGCGAGCAUGGCGGAGACAGAGAGUAUGGACGUCGCUGAGCCUGUGUCUCCGGUGGAGGUCCCGAAGACGGGCGCCGGGCCUGCCGACCGUCAUGGCCUGCUGAAGCACAGCCGCGAGUUCUUGGACUUCUUCUGGGACAUUGCGAAGCCGCAGCAGGAGACGCGGCUUGAGGCCACGGAGAAGCUGCUGGAGUAUCUGCGUGCAAGGCCAAAGGGAUCGUCCGAGAUGAAGUACGCCCUGAAGCGCCUAAUCACCGGGCUCGGGGUCGGACGUGAAACAGCCCGGCCCUGCUACAGCCUGGCCCUAGCACAGCUGUUACAGUCUUUUGAAGACAUCCCUCUAUGCAGCAUCUUGCAGCAGAUACAGGAGAAGUAUAACCUGCAGAAGGUGAAGAAGGGGAUGAUGAGACCAGCUCUCUUUGCAAACCUGUUUGGGGUGCUAGCCCUCUUUCAGUCAGGCAGGCUGGUGAAGGACUCGGAGGUGCUGAUGAAGUCAGUGAAGCUGCUGCAAGUCCUGGCUCAGCACUACAACCACUUGCAGGAGCAGCCCCAGAAGGCCCUGGUGGACAUCCUUUCUGAGGUCCCCGAGGCCGUGUUGCAGGAGGUGCUGCCGAAGGUCCUCAAGACCGAGCUGAGUUCGGUUCUCGGCUCCCCUGAGCACCUGGAGCUGUUCCUCUUGGCCCAGCAGAAGGUGCCCAAGAAGCUGGAGAAGCUGAUGGGACCGGUCAACCUGUUCUCAGAUGAGAACAUCCCCAGGCUGGUGACUGUGCUGAAGAUGGCGGCCACCUCUGUGAAGAAGGAGCGCAAGCUGCCCGCCGUGGCUCUGGACCUGCUCCGCCUGGCGCUCCAGGAGGACAAGUUCCCAUGGUUCUGGAAAGAGGUGGUGGAGCAGGGGCUGCUGAAGAAGCAGUUCUGGCCGGCCAGCUACCUGUGUUUCCGCCUGCUGGGCGCAGCCCUGCCGCUGCUGUCCAAGGAGCAGCUGCAGCUGGUGAUGCGGGGGGACCUGAUCCGACAUUACGGGGAACACACGGUCACGGCCAAGCUCCCGAACCACUACAAGUUUGCUCCGGAGAUGAACCAGUACGUGGAGGCCUUCCUGGAAGGCUGCCGGGAUGACGCUGAGCGGCAGUUGGCCAUGGUCGUGGCCUUCACCUCCGUCACCAACCAGGGCCUCCCUGUCAUGCCUACCUUCUGGCGGGUCGUGAAGCUCCUGAGUCCCCCCGCCCUCCAGGGCUACGUGGCCUGGCUGCGGGACAUGUUUCUCCAGCCCGACCUGGACGCCCUGGUGGACUUCAGCACCAACAACCAGAAGAAGACGCAGGACGCUUCACUCCAUGGGCCUGAGCGAGCUGUGUUCCGGCUCCGGAAGUGGAUCAUCCUCCGCCUGGUCAGCAUCGUGGACUGCUUGCACGCGGAGAAGGAGGAGGCCUUGACCGAGGAGGUGGCCAGGUUUUGUUUCUUCCAUUCCUUCUUUGAGACAAAGAAGCCCACGUCCCAGAUCCCGGAGACCGAGCAGCACUUCUCCCCCGCACUGGAGAGCCGGACCCGGGAGGUGGUGAGCGGUGCCUUUUUCAGCUUGCUGCAGACCCUCAGCACGCAGUUCAGGCAGGCGCCGGAGCAGGCCCAGGACAGGCAGCCCUGGACCUACCGCCUCGUGCAGUUUGCAGACAUGCUGUUGAGCCACAGCCGCAACGUGGUUCCCCUGACGCCCUUCACCACGCAGCAGCGCCAGGCCUGGGACCGGAUGCUGAAGACGCUGAAGGAGCUAGAGACCCACUCCUCAGAGGCCAAGGCCAAGGCCACUGCCUUCCAGCACCUACUCCUCCUGGUGGGCAUCCACCUCUUCAAGUCCCCUGCAGAGAGCUGUGACCUGCUGGGCGACAUCCAGACUUGCAUCAAGAAGAGCCUGGGAGAGAAGACCCGCCGGACCCGCUCCAAGGCCACCAACCCCCAGGAGCUGCCGUGGGUGGAGGUGCUGGUGGAGAUCCUGCUGUCCCUCCUGGCCCAGCCCAGCCACCUGAUGCGCCAGGUGGCCCGGAGUGUGUUUAGCCACAUCUGCUCCCACCUGACUCCACGCGCCCUACAGCUCAUUCUGGACGUGCUAAACCCCGAGGAGAGCCAGGAUGAGGACGACAACGUGGUGGUCACAGACGACUCUAAGGAGGAGCCGCUGGGGGAGGCGGAGGACAAGAGCUCGGACGACGAGGACAACAAAGGCGACAAGAACUCAGAGAGUGAGGAGGAGAGCGAUGGGGAGGAGAGCGACGAGGCGGAUCGGGACGGGGAUGUGGACCAGGGCUUCCGGGAGCAGCUGAUGGCGGUGCUGCAGGCGGGGAAGGCGCUGGGCGGAGGGGACGGUGAGGACGAUGACGAUGAGGAGCUGGGGGACGAGGCCAUGAUGGCCCUGGACGAGAACCUGGCCAGCCUCUUCGCCGAGCAGAAGCUGCGCAUCCAGGCCCGGAGGGAAGAGAAGAACAAGCUGCAGAAGGAGAAGGCGCUGCGGCGGGACUUCCAGAUCAGGGUCCUGGACCUGAUCGAGGUGCUGGUGACCAAGCAGCCCGAGAACCCCCUGGUCCUGGAGCUGCUCGAGCCGCUGCUGCACAUCAUCCGGCGCAGCAUGCGCACCAGCAGCGCCAAGCAGGAGCAGGACCUGCUGCACAAGACGGCCCGCAUCUUCACACACCACCUGUGCCGCUCCCGGCAUUACUGCCGCGACGUGGGGGACCGUGUGGAGACGGUGUAUGCCCAGCUGGAGCGGCUGGUGCGGCAGGCCGGCCAGCAGGCCGACUCCUCCGUUGCCCUGUACCACUUCAACGCCUCGCUCUACCUGCUCCGGGUCCUGAAGGGCAGCACCAUGGACAAGUCCGCCCAGAAGGAGGAGAAAACCACCGCCGCUGAUGCCAGCGCCCAGGGCGGCGAGGCUGCCACCUGCUUGGAUUUGAGCCGCGUGACCCCGAUCUACUCAGCGGUGCUGAGCUCCUUCCUGACCAAGCGCAACAGUCCGCUCACCGUUCCCAUGUUCCUCAGCCUCUUCUGCCGGCACCCGAUGCUCUGUAAGAACCUGCUCCCCCUCGUGGUCGAGCACGUAGCCAGCCACGGUCGGCCCCGCCAUCAGGCCCAGGCCUGCCUGCUGCUCCAGAAGAGCCUGCACACGCGGGAGCUGAGACUGUGCUUUAAGGCCCCGGAGUGGGAGCAGCUGAUGGCCCAGAUCCUGGCGAAGGUCACCGAGAACCUGCGGACGCUGGGGGAGGCCGAGACCAAGUCGGAGCAUCAGAAGGAGCUAUCCUCCUUGGAGCUGCUCAACACUCUCUUCAGGAACAUUCGCCAGGAGAAGCUGACCACGGACCUGAGCGCCGUCCUGGGUGUGCUGCAGAGCCAGCAGCCGAGGCUGCAGCAGAAGCUCCAGCAGGAGGAGCACUCGACCGGGACCGGCUCCAGCCGCCUCCACGACCUCUACUGGCAGGCCAUGAAGCUCCUUGGGGUCCAGCGCCCCAAGUCAGAGAAGGAUGCCAAGGAAGCCCCUGAGGCCACGCAGAACCCCGUUAGCAUGAAGCGGAAGAAAAAGGGGUUCUUGCCGGAGACCAAGAAGCGCAAGAAACGCAAGUCUGAGGGCGCCGUGCAGGGGGAGGGGGCUGCGCCCGCAGCCACCGGUGGGGACCAGCCCCCCAGCACAGGCAAGAAGAGGAGGAACAAGCGGAAGGCCAAGGUCCCAGCCCAGUCCCAGGUCAACGGGAUGCCUGCCGCCAAGAGUCCGGCCCCAGACUCCCCCGCCCAGCCCCCCAAGCCAAGGAAGAGAAAGCGGAAGCAGUCCCAGGUGAACGGGACCCCUGCUACCAAGAGUCCGGCCCCAGACUCCCCUGCGCAGACCGAAAAGCCGCAAAAGCAAAAUGAGAAGCAGUCCCAGGUGAAUGUGACCCCUGCCAUUGAGAGUCCGGCCCCAGACCUCUCUGCCCAGACCCCAAAGCCGCAGAAGAAAAAUCCGAAGCUGUCCCAGGUAAAUGGGACACCUGCCACCAGGAGUCCGGCCCCAGACCCCCCGACCCAGACCCCAAAGCUGCAGAAGAAAAAUCAGAAGCUGUCCCAGGCAAAUGCGAUGCCUGCCACCAAGAGUCCGGCCCCAGGCCCCCCUGCCGCAAGCCCCACCGCCUCCGCCCAGACUCCAAAGCUGCAAAAGAAAAAUCGGAAGCUGUCCCAGGUGACUGUGACGCCUGCCACCAAGAGUCCGGUCUCAGACCUCCCCACCAUAAGCCCCGGCCCUCCUGCCCAGACCCCGAAGCUGCAGAAGAAAAAUCAGAAGCUGUCGCAGAUGAAGGGAGCCACCCCGGAAUCCCUCGACUCCCCCGAGGAGCCUGCUGCCAAAAAGCGUCCAAAGAAGAAUCUCCCCCAAAAGGGCAUCUCGGGCAAGUCUCCGCAGUCGGCGCUGCCGCGGAAAAAGGCCAGGUUAUCUUUGGCCAGCAGGAGCCCCAGCCUCCUCCAGAGCGGGGCUAGGAAGAAGGUGCAGCCGCGGAAGGUGAAGAAGCUCUGAGUGCCUCCAGACGCCCUAGAGACUCCUAUUUUUUCAUCACAAUUUUAAUUAAAAAGCUGCUGUCGGAGGUCUUACCUUCCACGCUGUGGGGAGUGGGGUCUGCUGCCAGCCUGCCGAGAGGUCCCCCUG